CUUGCUCUGUCAUCCAGGCUGGCAGUGGUGUGGUCUUGGCUCACUGCAGCGUCUGCCUCCUGGGUUCAAGUGAUUCUCCUGCCUCAGCCUCCUGAGUAGCUGGGACUACAGGCGCCCACCACCAUGCCCUGCUGUUUUGUAUUUUUGAGAAAUGGAAUAAUUGUAUCGCUCAUCUACGUAAACAAAUUGAAGAAUUGUCUGAAAGAAAAUAUGCUCGAGCUGUAAAAGCCAAAGGUCCGGUGAUGAUCCCAUACCCUUUUUUCCAGUCUCAUGUUGAAGAUUUUUAUGUAGAAGGCCUUCCCAAAGGAAUUUUCUUUUUUUCUUUUUUUUGGAGAUGGAGUUUUCACUCUUAUCGCCCAGGCUGGGGUGCAAUGGCACAACCUUGCUGUUCACUGCAACCUCUGCCUCCUGGGUUCAAGAAAUUCUCCUGCCUUAGCCUCCCAAGUCGCUGGGAUUACAGGUGCCCACCACCACACCAGGCUAAUUUUUGUAUUUUUAGUGGAGAUGGGGUUUCACCAUGUUGGCCAGGCCAGUCUCGAACUCCUGACGUCAAGUGAUCUUCCCGCCUCGGCCUCCCAGAGUGCUGAGAUUACAGAUGUGAACCCAUGCCAGGCCAGGAAUUUUGUUUUUUAGGAAGGCUUUCUACUAAUGGAAUUCCUGGCCUUGAGAGGAUAUUACUUUCGAUGGAAAGGAUUUUUUUGUUAUUAAAAGAGCCACCUAAGCUGAAGAUUCCCUUGAGAACAAGUACUGUCCUGCGGUUUCAUGGCCUUUCUUCCAUCUGUGGUUCUUGCGAAGUGGAAUUUAAAUGACAUCUUAUCAAGAUGGAUAAACCCUAGUUUCCCAGUGCUGGAAUAUAGAAAAUGGAUGGACAAGUAAAUCCCACUCAGCACCCAUAGUCCAGGCAUGGGGACCUCAACACACCUGAGCCCCAGACAUCACCUUUCAUUCUGGACCUACCAUGAAAGACUUCUGAAUCCAGGAAGAGAAACUGACUGGGCAACAUGUUAUUCAGAUGGGGUCUUCUUAUGUUGCCCAGGCUGGUCUCAAAUUCCUAGGCUCAAGUGAUUCCACCCACCUCUGCCUCCCAAAGUGCUGGGAUUACAGGCAUGAGCCAGCGCAUCUGGCCACCUUAUUUUCUAUUACUGGCUCAAUGUAAUGGCUCCAUCUCAGGAAAAGCCAAUGAAAGAGAUGCACAGGACAAGAAACAGGACCUUGCCCUGUCACUCAGGAUGGAGUUCAGUGGUCCUAUCAUGGCUCAUUAUAGCCUCAAACUCCCAGGCUCAAGCAAUCCUACCAUGUCAGCCUUCCCAGUAGCUGGGACUACAGGAAGUGACCUCACAAUGACUCAAGCUACCACAUACUGUUGAUUGUGAAAUGCCGGUUGAAGCAUAUGUCCUGCGAGCUUAGGGGUGCUACAAGUUGACCACUGCAGCAGAAAAGAUGACUCUGAAGAAUGGCAUGGGAUGGAUCCUCUCGAAUGUACUUGAGCAGCGGUCUCCAACCACAGGGCCACAGAGCUGGAGCUGGAUCUACCAGGAAAGACUUCUGAAUCCAGGAAGAGAGACUGACUGGGCAACAUGUUAUUCAGGGUCUCCCUCUGUUGUCCAAGGCUGGAGUGUAGUAGUGCUAUCACAGCUGACUGCAGCCUCAACCUUCCAGGCUGAAGCGAUCCUCCCAUCUCACCCUCCCACGUGGCUGAGACUACAGGUGCUUGCCACUAUGCCCAACUAAUAUUUGGAAUUUUCAUAUACGUGGAUUCCAGAGGGGUCACAGCGAAACGUGGGACCAUCCAGUUGCAGGAAAACAAGCUUAACACGCCCACUGAUUCUACAUUAUGCUCCUACCUCCCGGCAGCCUCUCCAGGCCCAGAACUUUCUCCAGUCAGCCUCUACAGACCAAGCUCAUGACUCACAAUGGCCUAUUUAGGCCCAUACCCUACCUCACGGCAGUCUCCGCAGAUGAGCCUACUGCCUCACAACAGCCUCCACAGGCACAGCUCCAUCGUUACAAUGGCCUCUUUAGACCCAGCUCCUGCCUCCCAGCCUUCUCUCCAGGCCCUGAACUUUCUCAGGUCUCCCUCUGUUGUUCAAGGCUGGAGUGUAGUAGUGCUAUCACAGCUGACUGCAGCCUCAACCUUCCAGGCUGAAGCGAUCCUCCCAUCUCACCCUCCCACGUGGCUGAGACUACAGGUGCUUGCCACUAUGCCCAACUAAUAUUUGGAAUUUUCGUAUACGUGGAUUCCAGAGGGGUCACAGCGAAACGUGGGACCAUCCAGUUGCAGGAAAACAAGCUUAACACGCCCACUGAUUCUACAUUAUGCUCCUACCUCCCGGCAGCCUCUCCAGGCCCAGAACUUUCUCCAGUCAGCCUCUACAGACCAAGCUCAUGACUCACAAUGGCCUAUUUAGGCCCAUACCCUACCUCACGGCAGUCUCCGCAGAUGAGCCUACUGCCUCACAACAGCCUCCACAGGCACAGCUCCAUCGUUACAAUGGCCUCUUUAGACCCAGCUCCUGCCUCCCAGCCUUCUCUCCAGGCCCUGAACUUUCUCAGGUCUCCCUCUGUUGUUCAAGGCUGGAGUGUAGUAGUGCUAUCACAGCUGACUGCAGCCUCAACCUUCCAGGCUGAAGCGAUCCUCCCAUCUCACCCUCCCACGUGGCUGAGACUACAGGUGCUUGCCACUAUGCCCAACUAAUAUUUGGAAUUUUCGUAUACGUGGAUUCCAGAGGGGUCACAGCGAAACGUGGGACCAUCCAGUUGCAGGAAAACAAGCUUAACACGCCCACUGAUUCUACAUUAUGCUCCUACCUCCCGGCAGCCUCUCCAGGCCCAGAACUUUCUCCAGUCAGCCUCUACAGACCAAGCUCAUGACUCACAAUGGCCUAUUUAGGCCCAUACCCUACCUCACGGCAGUCUCCGCAGAUGAGCCUACUGCCUCACAACAGCCUCCACAGGCACAGCUCCAUCGUUACAAUGGCCUCUUUAGACCCAGCUCCUGCCUCCCAGCCUUCUCUCCAGGCCCUGAACUUUCUCAGGUCUCCCUCUGUUGUUCAAGGCUGGAGUGUAGUAGUGCUAUCACAGCUGACUGCAGCCUCAACCUUCCAGGCUGAAGCGAUCCUCCCAUCUCACCCUCCCACGUGGCUGAGACUACAGGUGCUUGCCACUAUGCCCAACUAAUAUUUGGAAUUUUCGUAUACGUGGAUUCCAGAGGGGUCACAGCGAAACGUGGGACCAUCCAGUUGCAGGAAAACAAGCUUAACACGCCCACUGAUUCUACAUUAUGCUCCUACCUCCCGGCAGCCUCUCCAGGCCCAGAACUUUCUCCAGUCAGCCUCUACAGACCAAGCUCAUGACUCACAAUGGCCUAUUUAGGCCCAUACCCUACCUCACGGCAGUCUCCGCAGAUGAGCCUACUGCCUCACAACAGCCUCCACAGGCACAGCUCCAUCGUUACAAUGGCCUCUUUAGACCCAGCUCCUGCCUCCCAGCCUUCUCUCCAGGCCCUGAACUUUCUCAGGUCUCCCUCUGUUGUUCAAGGCUGGAGUGUAGUAGUGCUAUCACAGCUGACUGCAGCCUCAACCUUCCAGGCUGAAGCGAUCCUCCCAUCUCACCCUCCCACGUGGCUGAGACUACAGGUGCUUGCCACUAUGCCCAACUAAUAUUUGGAAUUUUCGUAUACGUGGAUUCCAGAGGGGUCACAGCGAAACGAAGUGACCUCACAAUGACUCCAGCUACCACUUACUGUUGAUUGUGAUGAAAUGCCAGCUGAGGCACAUGCCUUGGGAGCUAAGUGGUUGCUGCACUUGACCACUAUGAAGACUGGUGUGGGAAGGGUCGCUUUGGAUGCACUUGAGCAGGGCUCCCCAACCCCUGAGCCAUGGAGCCAUAGGGAGCCACAGGGAGCCACACAGCAGGAGGUGGGACCAUCCAGUUGCAGGAAAACAAGCUUAACACGCCCACUGAUUCUACAUUAUGCUCCUACCUCCCGGCAGCCUCUCCAGGCCCAGAACUUUCUCCAGUCAGCCUCUACAGACCAAGCUCAUGACUCACAAUGGCCUAUUUAGGCCCAUACCCUACCUCACGGCAGUCUCCGCAGAUGAGCCUACUGCCUCACAACAGCCUCCACAGGCACAGCUCCAUCGUUACAAUGGCCUCUUUAGACCCAGCUCCUGCCUCCCAGCCUUCUCUCCAGGCCCUGAACUUUCUCAAGUUGACCUCACCAGUCCCAGCUCAUGCUUCUUUGCAGCCUCUCCACGCCCAGCUUCUGCAUCUUGGUGGCCCCUCCAGGCCCCUCUGCCUCCUGUCUGCUUUUACAGUCCCAACAUCUGCCUCAUAGCAGAUUCUUCAGGCCCAGCCUCUGCCUCACUAUGGACCCCCCAAGCCAAGGUCCCAACCUUUCAGCAGCUUCUACACACCCAGCUCCUGCCACCCAGUGGCCUCUUUAGGCCCAGCUCAUGCUUCACAAGGGCCUUUCCAGGCCCAACUUUCGUCUCAUGGCAACCUUGCCUGGCCAGAUUCCUACGUGUCUCCCAGCAGCCUAGACAGGCCCAGGUCUUGCCUCACACUGGCCUCUCUACAUCCAGCUCAUGCCUCACGGUGGCCUCUCCAGGCCCAGCUCCUGUCCCAGGACAUCAUUUCUGGGCCCAAAACUUACUCAAGUCAGGCUCUCUAGUCCCAACUGCUGCCUCCUGGUGGCCUAUGAAGGCCCAAAAUCUCCUCAAGUUGACCUCUCCCGGCCCAGCUCCUGCCUCCUGUCUGCGUCUAGAGGCCCAACCUCUGCCUCAUGGGGGCUUCUCCAGGCCCAGCUCUUCCUCUUGGCUGAGUCUACAGGCACAACUGCUGCCUCACAACAGCCUUUUUUGGCCCAGUUCCUGUCCAGGUCAUGGCGGCCAAUGUAGGCCCAAAACUUCCUCAAGUCAAACUCUCCAGGCCCACCUUCUGCUUCCCAGUGGCAUGAAAAGACCCAGCUUUGGCUUGAGAACAGCCUCUGCAGGCCCUGCUCUUGCCUCCCAGGGGCUUUUCCAAGCCCAGCUCUUGCCUCAUGGCAGCUGCCCCAGGCCAAAUUUCUGCCUGCCUGCCAGCAGACUCAACAGGCACAGCUCCUCCCUCACAGUGGCCCAUUUAGGCCCAACUCAUGACUGUCGGGCCAUUUCCAGGCCUAGUGCCUGCCUCCUGGCUGACUCUUGAAGCCCAAAACUUCCUCAAAUCAGCCUUUUGCCCAACUUCUGUCUACUGUCGGACUCUACAGGCCAGCCUCUGCCUCACAGUGGACCCUCCAGACCCAGAUGGUGUCUCACUGUGGCAUCCUCAGGCGAAGCGCCUGCCUUUCGGCAGCUUCUACAGGCCCAGCUCCUGCCUUGCAGUGGCCUCUUUAGGCCAAGCUCAUGCCCCAUGGCAACUUUUCCAGGCACAGCUUUUGCCUUUUGCAGCCUGUCCAAGCCCAGAAUGUCCUUAACUCGGCAUCUCCAGGAUGAGCUCAUCCUCCCAGUGUGUCUACAGGCCCGUCUCCUGCCUCACAACAAUCUCCUUUGGCCCAACUCCUGCUGAGCUGCUGGAAGCCUCUGUAGGCCACAGACUUCUUAAAGUAAAGCUUUCCAGGCCCACCUUCGGCCUCCCAGCAGACUCAGCAAUCAAACUAUUCCCUCACUGCGGCCACCGAAAGCCAAGUUUCUCCCUGCCUCGCGGCAUCCUCCGAAAACUGAGCAUUUGCCUCACGGUGGCCUCCCCAGUCCACGAAUCUGCCUGCCUCCCAGGCAGGUGCUGCCUCACAAUGGUCUCUUUAGGCCCCGCUCAUGCUAAAAGAUGGACUCUCCAGGCACAGCUCUUGCCUCCUGGCAGCCUCUGCAGGCCCAAAUUCUCCAAAAGUUGGCCUCUCCUAACUCAGCUCCUGCCUCAUGUUGGUCUACACAGGCCCAGACUCUUACCACACAGUAGACUCUCCAGGCCCACCACUUGCCUGAUCAUAGCCUCCUAAGGCCAAGCUCCUGCCUUUCGGCAGCCUCUACAGGCCCAGCUCCUGCCUCGCAAUUGCCUUUGUAGGCCAAGAUCAUGCCACGAAGUGGCCUUUCCUAGCCUAACUUUUGCUUUUUGACGCAUACUCCGGUCCCAAAACUUCCUCCAGUCAGCCAGUCCAGGCCAAGCUCUUCCUCCCAAAGGCUUCUGCAGGCCAAAAUCGUCCUGAAGUCACCCUCUGCAGGCCCAGCUCCUGUCUCCAAGUGCUGUGUAGGCCAAGCUAAUGCCUCACAGCACACUUUCCAGGCUGAGCGUUUCCUUUUGUGCAUCCUCUCCAAGUCCUGAACUUAACUCCAGUUGGCCUCUCCAGACCAAGCUCUCCCUCCCAGUGGCCUCUACAGGCCAAAAUUGUCCUCAGGUCAGCUUCUCCAGGGCCAACUCCUAGCUACCGGUGGCUUCUGCAGGCCAAAAUCGACCUCAAGUCAGCCUCUUCACACCCAGCUCUUGCCUCUGAGUGGCCUCUCCAGGAGCAAAACUUUCUCAAGUCGGCCUCUCCAGGCCCAGCCUCCUGCUUCCCGAGGGCAUGUACAGGCCCAGCCUCUGCCUCACAGCAGACUCUCCACACCCAGCUCUUCCCUGUCUGCGGCCUCUCCAGUCCAAAGCUGCUCCUGCCUUUUGGCAGCUUGUACAGGCCCAGCUCCUCCAUCACGGUGGCCUCUUUUGGCCCAACUCAUGCUUCUUGCAACCUGCACAAGUGUCAGCUCCUGCCUCACACUGGCCUGUUGAGGCCCAGCUCAUGCCUCUCGUGGCCUCAACAGGCCCAUCCCCUGCCUGUCGGCGGCCUCUACAGGCCCGGCCUCUACCUCACAGUGGGCUCUUCAGGCCCACCUCUUCCUCACCGUGGCCUCUUGGGGCAAUACUCCUCCCUCUUGGGAGCCUCUGCGGGCCCAGCUCCUGCCUCCCAGUGGCCUCUGUAGGCCAAGCCCGUGCCUCAGGGCAGCCUUUCCAGGCCUAGCGUUUGCUGCUUUGCAUCCUCUCCAGGCCCUGGACUUCCUCCAGUCGGCCUCUCCAGGCCCAGCUCUUCCUCUCGGCGGCCUCUGCAGGCCCAGACUGUCGUCAAGUCAGCCUGUCCAGGGCCAGCUCCUGCCUCCCGGCGGCCUCUGCAGGCCCAAGUCAUUCUCAAGUCGGCUUCCCCAGGCCCAGCUCCGGCCUCUCGGCGGCCUCUCCGGGUGCAAAAGUUCCUCGAGUCAGCCUCUCCAGGCCCAGCUCCUCCUGCCUCCCAGUUGCCUCUUUCGGCCCAGCCCAGCUCAUGCCUCCCGGCGGCCUUCCCAGGCCCCGCUUUUGACUUUCGGUGGCCUCUGCAGGCCUCGACAAGGCCCGGCCUCCUGCCUCCCGAAGGCCUGCACAGGCCCAGCCUCUGCCUCACAGCGGACUCUCCACGCCCAGCUAGCUCUCGCCUCACUGCGGUCUCCCGAGUCCAAAGCUCCUGCCUCUCGGCCGCUUCGGCAGGCCCAGCUCCCGCCUGCCAGUGGCCACUUCAGGCCCAUGGGGCUCAUUCCUCACAACGGCCUUUGCAGGCCCAGUUUUUCCCUUCCGGCGGCCUCUCCGGGCCGAGAACCUCCUCAAGUCGGCCUCUCCAGACCCACUUGCACCCUCUGGGUGUCCUCUCUGGGCCCAGCUCUUCUUCCUGGUUGCGUCUCCAGGCCCGACUCCUGCCUCUUAACAACCUCUUUGGACUCAGUGCCUACCCAUUUCCUGGCGGCCUUGGUCGGCCCACAGCUUCCUCAAGCCAAGCUCCCCAGGCCCAGGUCAGGCUUCACGGUGGCCUCUCCAGGCUCAGCUCCUGCCCUCCAAUGGCAUCUGCAGGCCCCAAACGGCCUCCGGUCGGUGGGCUCCUCUAGGCCCAGCUUGGGCCUCCCGGCGGCCUCUGCAGGCCCAAAUCAUCCCGAAGUCGGCCUCUCCAGGCCCAGCUCCGGCCUCCCGGCGGCCUCUGCAGGCCCAAGUCGUCCUCAAGUCGGCCUGGAAUUGGGCCUGGAAGAGCAGCAAGUCGGCCUCCCUGGGCCCAGCUCCGUCCUCUCGGCGGCCUCUCCAGGUGCAAAACUUCCUCAAGUCAGCCUCUCCAGGCCCAGCUCCUCCUGCCUCCCAGUGGCCUCUUUCAGCCCAGCCCAGCUCAUGGCUCUCGGCGGCCUUCCCAGGCCCCGCUUUUGACUUUUGGCGGCCUCUUCAGGCCCAGAACUUGACCUCCAGUCGGCCUUUGCAGGCCCAGCCUCCUGCCUCCCAAAGGCCUGUACAGGCCCAGCCUCAGCCUCACAGCGGACUCUCCAUGCCCAGCUAGCUCUCGUCUCACUGCAGCCUCCCCAGUCCAAAGCUCCUGCCUUUCGGCUGCUUCUGCAGGUCCAGCUCCCGCCUGCCAGUGGCCUCUUUAGGCCCAGCUCAUUCCUCACAACGGCCUUUCCAGGCCCCAUUUUUCACUUCUGGCAGCCUCUUGGCCUCUAAUUUUUUUAUCUUUUGUGUAUAAAUCCCAAAAUAUGGAAUUUUGGAAUAUUUCCAUCAUUAUAUAAAUAUUUUGGUAGGUAAUUUAUUUGGAGUGAGUUUCUGCACCAAGCCCGAAUUUUUUAUUUUCCUUAUUAUUUGGUGUUAAACAGGUUUAAUGACGGUCAUGGCAACUUUUUGGCACAAUAAAAAAUAUCGCCCAUGA